AUGGGAAUAGACGUUGGUGCUGAUUGUACAUCAGGGACGUCUGUUGGUGACAAUACUCCUUUAACAAGAAAUUCAGGCGACUUUGGAGUGAAUGGUAUGAGCCUGUGGACGGAUGACGCGUUAGGAUGUACCUGUGGUGUUAUCUAUGAGUGGCUAUACUAUGCCCAAAGUGUGAACAUAGUUUAUUUUCAAGUGUGGAGAGACACUGGUGGGGAUGUUUAUGAGUUAGUUGGACAGCACCAACAUACUCCUACAGGUACUGGUAGUAAUACAGCUACUUUUACUGGCAUCAAUCGGAUCCCAGUCAACCAGGGGGAUAUCAUUGGAUGGUAUUCUCCUGUGGCGUCCGUGGUAAGCUAUAAAAACAAUGGAGGAGGUCCAGACUACCGAACGUCUACUGCUGUGGGGGCCUUGGUAGUAGGGAACACUCAUGAUUGGUCUGGCGAUGCCACGCAAUCUGGAAAGCGAUUUGGAUUCCAAGCUAUGAUACAACCAGUCGUAACACCAUUUGACAAGUGCUCUGUUGCUGCAGGUACUGCGCCAACUAUAACAAACUUGGCGCCGACGACAACCUCGAUCAGCGACACCUCACAAACAGGGUUCCUCGUGUUCACCUUGGUAGUGUACGAUGAUGACGGCGACACCAUAACAACAAGUAUGACGUCAGCUUCCACUGAAUUUGCGUUCGAUGCAAAUACACUUCGGGUGACAACAGCUGUUAAUACGAUUGCUGCUGGUUCCUACCCUCUAACGUUCCGAGUACAGGAUUCUUGUGGUAAAACGGGCACCGGUACUCUGACAAUAACGGUAACGAAUUCGCCUAUCUAUAUCACCAACCUCCCUAGUUACGCCGUGGUGAGUCAGGAUAUCACCACCCAGACCCUUCUCCAUACCUUGGCCACUUCAGACGCCUCUCCGACCGACAGUAUCGCCAGCUGUAACUUGGCUGCCGCCCCGAAAUUCUCCACCGCUAUUGUCACAGGAACAACAUAUGGAAUAUACUCCAUUUUAAAUCCCGGGUUCGAUUAUCUAACGACAAAGAAGUAUCAAUUUGACGCCACAUGUACAGAUUCCUAUGGAGCCUCAGACAGCGGAACUUUCUAUGUCUACGUUACAGCCAACACUCCACCGAUAUUCACAAACCUGCCAGAUAAAGCAACGAUUGCCAGUACCAUAGCAACCGGUACCAGUGUGUUUGCUGUAACAGCUACCGAUGUUGACGUUGCUGAUACCGUCACGUUCAACGGAGUCACGUGCUUGACAGGAACCUGUCCGUUUACAAUAACCGCCGGUGGUGAAAUACAGACGAAUGCAGAUAUCUCGGCAUUAACCAUACCUGGAUAUGAAGUAUACGUCACAAUCACUGACGGAACAAACACUGUGGGACCGAGGACGCUGACUGUCAUAGUUACUGGCAUAAAUUCGCCACCUGUUAUACGGAACACACCUCUGACGUUCAGCCUGUCAUUAAUGGAGAACAGUGCAAAAAGCAACUCUAUUUAUCAGAUAAAUGCUGCAGAUCCAGACUCGGAUACGCUAACCUAUAGCAUCACCUACACACCUGCUACCGAAGGAGCUACUCUGGGCUAUUGUCCACCUUCUUCAGCCACCGUAGUAGACUAUGAGAGUUUGACCAGUAAGAGUUUUACCGCGGACAUCAGCGUUACAGACGGCGCGGCGACUGAUACCUACUCCACAUUCACCAUCGAUGUGAUUGACAUAAACGAGGCUCCAGCUUUCGGAACUACAAUCUAUUACGUCACCGGAAAUGAGGGCAGUGCAGGGGAGAGCUUUGGUAACCCUGGGUUUACUGUAACGGAUCCUGAUACUGGCGAUACACAUUCCUACACUGUCGACUGCCCUGCUAUCACCAUGGAUUCUAGUACAGGCGCUGUGACCUUAAGUGGAACCUAUGACCUUGACAUUUCUGGUACGGCGUCAGUAUUGACCUGCACUGCCACGGUAUCGGAUGGCGAGCUCACUGAUACCACUCAAUUGAUAGUCACAAUAAAUGACGUCAACGACCAUACUCCAGCAUUCUCCCAAUCGGACUAUACCAUAUAUACGACCAUAUACGGUAACGUUGGUGGGAUUAUUGGGAAUAUAGCGGCAACUGAUGGGGACUUAGGAAUCUACGGAGCAAUAUCCUACUCCAUUGACUCAUCAACACUCAACGAUACUUACUUCGGAGUGAGCGGCACAGGGGAUUUAUACCUUAAUAAGGAUCUUUCAUCAUUCGGAAAUGGGGCAUACCUCCCUUUCACUGCAACUGUAACAGACUAUGGUGGUCUAACAGAUACAGCGAAUGUUGUUGUUAUAGUAUAUAUAACAACUACCGUACCAACGACAACUACAACGGAAAGAUAUAUAACAUUUUUCGAGUACCCUCCAAACAUACCAUGGUUCACCCUUUUAUUCAUGACUGCCUUCGCUGUGGCUGCUGUGUUUUCAUACUUGGCCUAUACUCAAGGAUUCCUGAUUAACCUUACACGUGAGGAUUUUAAAUCUCUAUGCAGGGAAAAGAAAAAGGGAAACAUUAAAAGGAAACAUCCGAGGAAAAUCAAACAUUUUGCUUCCGGUCAACGGGAUCGACAGAGGGGCGUGAAAUUCGCCUCGCCUAACUUAGCUCAUCCAAUCAACACAUCACUCUGAAGACUUGGAUCCGCAUUGGAAAUCAAUCAAUAUGAAAUUCUGAAAGAAAAUUUCUACCGACCACAAUCCAUUAUCUGACACAAUUCUAACAUUUAAUUUUGAAGACUGAUUGAAUGUAUCAAUGUUUAAACGUAGUUUCUUCAUUGAUUUUUUAAGAAUA